AUGCCAGCUGCUGCUGCCUCGUCCUUGAAAGGUGCUACCAAGCGUGCCUCUGCUACUAAGAAAUCGACUAACAUGACGUACGAAGAUAUGAUCAAGGAAGCCAUUCUUGCCCAUGGCACUGAGGCUCGUCUGGGCCUGGGUCGUCCCACGAUCAAGAAGUUCAUCCUGGCCAAGCACCCUGACACGGGCAAGCUUCCUCUCGCUUCUUUCAACGCCCACUUUAACCAGGCCAUCACCCGUGGUGAGGAGAAGGGCGUGUUCCUUCUGCCCAAGGGUGCCAGCGGCAAGGUCAAGCUGGCUGCUAAGGCCAAGGCUGCAACUGUGAAGGCUCAGGAGGCUAAGAAGCCUGUUGCCAAGAAGGCUGCGGCUCCAUCUAAGAAGACCUCUUCGACGGCGACCAAGAAGAGCACGACUACGGAAAAGACGACGAGCAAGGCUGCGCCGAAGAAGGCCACGGUGACGAAGAAGGCAGCUUCUUCGACCUCGAAGAAGAGCGCAGCUACGAAGAAGGCGAGGGCGGUCACGAAGGCUGCGGCGACCAAGAAGACUGCUACCAAGAAAGCGCCUGUCAAGAAGGCAGCCACGAAGAAAGCGCCAGCCAAGAAGACAGCUGCGAAGAAGAAGUAA